AUGUAGAAGCAAAGAUCACAGCUAAAGUGGAGAUAAGAAGCAACCAAUACUUUCAACUGGAAUGCAACUCAAAAACUUUCAUGGUCCGUAGUUAAUGCUUUCAUUGAUGUCUAGACCAGUCCAGAUGGAGAUGUCUAUGCCAUUCAAAGUAUCGAAUCCGAAAUGGAAACCAAGAAGUACUUCGUUUACCUUUACAGUAUCACAUCCAAUAUCUGGUCAUUAACUGAUGCUAACUUUUAAGCAAAGGCUGUUAGAUUCGACAGACUUGGAAAUAUUUACUAUUUGGACUAAAAUAAUUGCAUCCUCAAUUCUUAGAAACAGAAGUUAAUCUGUGGUUCAUUUGACUUUGAAGUCACUGUUAAUAGAGAGAUCUAUCUUUUGCAUGAUGGUCUAGGCGCUUUAACUAAAGAUACUCUAUCAACUCCAUGGAGAAGCGUUGGAGUUGAAGACUAUACGUACAAGGCCCUCUCUGGUUAUAAGGGCAUUACAUUGCUGAAAGACUAGCCCAUCUUGAUUUAGAGUGAUGGAACUGUUGACUCCAAUUACGGUGGGGAAAAGCUUGUUAGUAUUAGUGCCGGUAUCGAUGGUUCUUUGUGGGCUUUAAAGCAAGAGGCAAAUGUAAUCAACUAUCAAAUCCUCAAAUGGUAAACAGUUGCAUAAAAAUGGUACAUAGUCUCAGGCGCUAGAGGAGCCAGUCUAUCAGCUUACAAUGAAAUCUCUGUAGCAAUAGUUGAUGAAAAAGGUCUACUUAGUCUUUCAUCUUAGGUAGGACAUCAGGAUGAGGCAUAAUAUCUUGGUAUAGUGAGCACAGCACAUACUUCUACUGCUCCUACAUUAUAGUAAAUUACUAAUGUUCCAUCAACUACAAAUAUUCCAGCAACUACAGAUGCUCCAGCAACAACAUAUGUUCCAGCAACAACUGAAAUUCCAAGUACUACAGUUGCUCCAACUACUACAGAUAUUCCAACUACUACAGUUGCUCCAUCUACAACUGAUAAUCCAAUUACAGUACCUCCAUCUACUACAGAUAUUCCAACUACAGUACCUCCAACCACUAAUAUGCCUCCAGCAAUUGUAUCAACAACUCCAGAAGUGUUUCCAACGAUUAUCGGUCAACCAUCAGACUCAUUCGUUACUAAAAUCACAUUUAAGAAGUUUGCUCAAAAAGUAAACGAAACUUUUGGUACAAACAUUAAGUCUUUUACUCAAGUCUUUAAUGCUUAAAGCUGGUAAAAAUAACGUGAUGAUGCUAUGAAUGCCAUACUUUUAAAGAGUCGCAUCUUUGGCUUCAUCUUAACAAAUGCUGGUCCAAUUCUAGGAUUCUAUUACGAAGAUCCAAUAUUAACAACUUCUUAGGGUAGUGAUGGAAAAUUAUUAACAAAUACUAUGAUUUAUGGAAUCUCAAGCGACCAUUUCUCCUAUAAAGAGUAUGAAGAUAACUACUAAACAUAUUUUGGACCAUUUGUUGAGGGCAACCCAGCAAUGCAAAUCAUCACAACUCCUAGAGCAAGAAUAACAUUUUUCCCAUCAUGCCAAAAUUUUAUUGGGUCGGAAAAUGUAGCUGAGUGCUUUACUGGUACUAAUUUCGAUUAAAUGGAAUAGUGCUAUUGGACACUCUUAAAACCCAAAAAUAGUCCUCCUGAUUUUGAAUGUAAACAAAUAGAGUAUUAUCAAGGCAAUUUACAAUGA